AUGGCGCGAGCUCUCCUGCUGGCCUUGGCCGUGAUGGCACCUCCGGCCUCAGCCGAAGCUUCCAGGGAGUUGGACGGGGAGUUGGACGACGUGACGUGGACCUGCGCCUCGCUCUUGAUCGCCUUUGUGGUGUUCUCCGGCUUCUUAGCCUGCCUUCUGCAUUGGAACAACAAAGAUAUAAGGAAGGAGGCCUGGGCCAUGGUGAACACGACCAUCUCGAUCUUCUGUGCCGCUGGCAUCGACUUUGCCUUGUAUCGGCUAAUCAGGUGGGAGUUUCCGAAAACAAGGUUGGUUCUUCCAGAGGAGCAUGGGGAAGCUCCAGAGCAGAGCUGGUUCUUUCUGAGCCUGGUUUUGGGGCUCACCUGCCUCGCACCUCUGAUCCUCCACUACCGACUUCUGUCCAUCGAUGAAGUCGAUGAAGAUCAGCAUCAAAAGUUGUUCGCCUGGAGCACCAUGGGUGGCCACAUUUGUGCUUUCCUGACCAUCUUGUACUUUGGCCAUCUGCAGGAGGCGAAGGCGAAGGUCCACUUCGAAGGCUGGCCUUUCAUCUCCCUUCCAAUCUGGGUUUGGCUUCUGCCUUUGCUUGCCUUCGUCUUCUUUGUCCUGGUCAUGAAGCUCAUCCGCUGGCUGGCGAGGUGCUGUGGCCAGGAUCACAAGCACAUGCAAGCCCAUCAAGCCGGGGACGCCUUAAUGGAGGCAUGUGCCAUUACCGUGUCCUUCCUGCUGGUGCAGGCUGUGUGCUACCACAUGAGCACCGAAUGUGAGCUGUGCCGCUCGGGAGAUGUUAAGUGCCGCAGGGAAUGCGAGGCACGGCGAUUCAUGCCCAUCACGCAUGGUGUGUUUGGGCAUCACAUCGAUUGGUGCGUUGUGUGGCUCGUCCUUCUUGCAUGUGGACUGAUGCUUGGGAUGGGGGCCUCCAUCUUGUGGUCCCUCCGAGUGCAUCGAGCAGCGAAAGAGGAGGCCCCGCGAGCUUCCGAUGGCUCCGGCUUCUUGCCGAAAUGCAUGGGCCAAACUUUGCCAGUCACGGCCGCGUGGUGCGCGCAGCGUGCCGGAGUCAUCGGCCUCUUUGACGGCAUAGAGGACCGGAUGAAUUGGUACUUGAAAAACUACAUUCACCACGGCUGCGAUGAGCGUGAACAUGCAUGUUCAACUAUAAAAAUGGAGCCGGAGCAAGCCGCCAAUCGCACACAGAUCGCGAACGCCUUGGCCAUGUCAGCAGUUGCGCUGAUCGGCUUGUUUUCCGUCAUCAAGCUGGCAGAUUGGAUCCGGAACAAGAUUCGUUUCUUUGCGCCCGAAGAAGAUUCGGAGCGGGACGCAGAGAGUGGGAACGAAGAGAUGGAGUCGAAGAGCGUGGCCAAGAGCGUGCGGAAAGCGGGGAUGGCUUUCGGCAUGCUCAUGGGCAUUUGUUGGGAAAAGGCCUUUGACACGUCUUAUGAAACCAUGCUGAGCGCGAGGGCCCUCAGCAUCCUCUUCGAAAACACCUGGUGGCAAAAACACUUUGAUGACGAAGAUGAUAAACCACGUCAGGUGUUCAGUGCGAUUGUGGGUUUCCUAUUGUCGCUCGCUGUCAUACCCCCAUGGUACCGCUACAUAGUACCUCGUGCCAUGAAAGAGAAGAAGGUACACUCUCAGGAAAUGAAGCUUGAAGGACGCUACCGACCCAAGAUGCCCAAGGAAAGAACUCCGGAUCAUCGUCUCGGUUUGUCCGACUCCUCAGACUCCUCUGAGUCAGAUGAGUCGGACAUGGGCUCAAGGGGCCUAGUUCUUGCGGCCAGUACGCCCAGUCCGGGUAAACUCCCGAAGCGGAGCGCCUGA